AUGCAUCCUGACAUCCUGGCUGAACUGCUCACAACGUCCAAGAAGCCGAAGCCUCCCUCUGCAAGGGUGAAGCUCGACGAUGACGAAAAGGCGCAAGUUCUCCAGGAGACGAGGAAUACCAGUCUGCAUUCCAAGAACAGUAAGCUGCAUGGGACAAAUUUGUAG